UCUACAUCCUCCGAGCUGCAGUCAACUUUUCCUCCCGCAGAUCCCAAACAAGCGAACAUGGCGGACUACGAAGAGCGGCGGACCCUGUUGGGAGACGGGGACGAGGGCUCGUCCGCCGGCCGACGCACAGCCGGAGGACCCGGCAGACAGAUGUGGGCCAUCUGCGACCCCAGCCACCUACUGCACCGACUGAUUGUCCUGGUAUUCAUGUGCUUCUUGGGAUUCGGAAGCUACUUCUGUUAUGACAACCCGGCAGCUCUUCAAACUCAAGUCAUCCAGGAUCUGAACCUGAACACUGCAAAGUUCAUGCAGCUGUAUGCCUGGUACUCCUGGCCCAACGUGUUUCUCUGCUUCUUUGGGGGAUUUCUUCUCGACAGGGUUUUUGGUAUCAGGCUGGGAACCAUCAUCUUUUCCCUCUUUGUCUGUGUUGGACAGGUAAUAUUUGCUACCGGAGCUUUGGUGAAUCAUUUCUGGCUGAUGGAAGCUGGACGUUUUGUAUUUGGUAUUGGGGGAGAGUCCUUGGCUGUAGCCCAAAACACAUAUGCAGUCAAUUGGUUCAAAGGAAAGGAGCUAAAUCUGGUGUUUGGCCUUCAGCUGAGCAUGGCUCGAGUGGGCAGCACAGUGAACAUGAACAUAAUGGGCUGGGUGUACAGCAAAGUGGUGGACCUCGUUGGCUCUCCCGGACACACCGCACUGGGCGCAUCACUCAUGAUAGCUGCUGUAACCUGCCUCUUUUCACUAAUCUGUGCCUUGGUGUUGGCGGUCCUUGACAAAAGAGCAGAGAAGAUCCUCCACAAGGAAGAAGGCAAAACAGGUGAAGUAGUCAAGCUGACAGACGUGAAAGACUUCCCCAUCACCCUGUGGCUCAUCUUUAUCAUUUGUGUGGCCUACUAUGUCGCCAUUUUCCCCUUUAUUGGACUGGGACAGGUGUUCUUCAUUGAAAAAUUCAACUUCUCCCCAGCUGAAGCCAGAGCUGUCAACAGUAUUGUGUACAUCAUCUCAGCCCCUGCAUCUCCAGUUCUGGGCUUAAUGGUCGAUAAGACGGGGAGGAAUGUGGUUUGGGUGAUGAUCGCCGUGGUCGCCACACUCGCCGCUCACAUGAUGCUGGCCUUCACCUUCUGGAACCCAUGGAUCGCCAUGUCCCUGCUCGGUGUCUCCUACUCCUUACUGGCCUGUGCACUGUGGCCCAUGGUGGCGUUUGUGGUACCUGAGCAUCAGCUAGGGACGGCCUACGGCUUCAUGCAGUCGAUCCAGAACUUGGGACUUGCUCUCAUUGCUAUGGCAGCAGGAUCCAUCCUGGACAACAGAGGAUACCUUGUUUUGGAAGUGUUUUUCUGCAUCUGCAUCUGCAUUGCACUGAUGGCCGUGGUGUUGCUGUACUUUGUGGAUUAUCUCAGAGGAGGAGAUUUGAACCGGUCGGCUGCAGCCAGAGCCAAACUCCAGAAAGAAGCCACUUCAGCCGCCGACAGGAUUAAAAGGCGUCCCAGUAAGCCGACAGAGGGUGAGCUUGCUAGACUAGCACCAAUGUCUGCUUUUGGCUUACGCAACCGGUACCUCUCCAGGCUGGGCGCACAGCUCCCAGACCACUGCUCUACCCAUCUGUCAUCACUUGCCCACAGGAGUGUUCUGAAAUGAUGCCCUUCAUUCAGCGGUCUGCUCCUCCAACACUAAAGCUCUGUGGCUCCAGACAAGUGUGCGCCAAAAAAAGAGGAUGCUUACAAAGUGUCCCCUUUUUUGAACAAGAUGCUGUAGCACUUAUUUUUUUAUGUUCACAUGACUGUUAUUCUGGGUAUUCUGUUUUCUCACUUAAAUUAUUAUCACCAUAGAAAUUAUUUUUGUAUUUUGUAACUAUAUCCAGUAUCUUGUGUUGUUUUCUAUGUACCCACCCUUGUGCCUUUUUAUACAAACCACACUAAAAUGUUUGGGGGUUUUUUCUAGGAGAUUGUACAUGAUAUAAAAUUGGACUAAUGUUUUAUGGUGCUUUGAUGCUGUUUUAGAGACUCAACCCUGUGCAAACGACAGAGGGCACCAAAUCCCUCAAAUGUUUCAUGUCACCAAAGUAUAAUUUCUUUUUAAUAACCGCCUUUAGCAGGCUCAGUAUUUGUUGAGUGUUAGUUCUUUACUUUUGCUGAUUAUUCAAGUGUUAUAAGUUGCAAUAAGUUAGAAUCCCUCAUAGUGUACAAAAAGCCUCACAAGUAAGUGACCCCUGUGACCUGUUGAAUGUUGCCAAAUACAUACUCUUAUAUUUAAAAUAAUAAAAGGAGCUAUUAAACUG